GCAGCUGCUGUGGGGGUCAUGCUGGUCCUGGUCCUGGUGGUCCUCAUCCCUGUGCUGGUCAGCUCCGCUGGCAAAGGUGGAGCAGAUGACACGAGCCACUACGAGAUGCUGGGCUCCUGCCGCAUGGUGUGUGACCCCUUCCCCACGGGCUCCACUGGCACCGGCGUGCACGUGGGCACAGACACAGCCACCGCAGGCCUACAGGUGGGAGACGAGGCCGACCUGAGUGAUCACAGCAUCGGCCCCCCCCUGCCUACAUACAGCGGCAAUGGCCAACACGGCAGACCAGGACGUCCUGGUAAGACUGGACCCCCAGGACCACCUGGAGAGCCAGGUCCACCAGGACCUAAGGGACCACCGGGAGAUGGUGUGGACAUGGUACGGACGGGGAUUUUAGGCUUAGGGGGCAAAGGGGCAGUCAGCACAACCACGUACAACACCUCACCUCGGGUAGCAUUCUACGCAGGACUACGAAACCCUCAAGAAGGUUACGAUAUUCUGCGAUUUGAUGACGUGGUGACAAAUAUCGGAGGUAACUUUGAGGGCGCGACGGGAAAGUUCACCUGUAAGAUCCCUGGCACCUACUUCUUCAUCUACAACGUGCUGAUGAGGGGAGGAGACGGCACCAGCAUGUGGGCUGACCUGAUCAGGAACGGUCUGGUCAGGGCCAGCGCCAUCGCCCAGGACCAGGACCAGAGUUAUGACUAUGCCAGCAACAGUGUCAUCCUUCAUUUGGACGCAGGCGAUGAGGUUUUCAUCAAACUGGACGGUGGCAAAGCCCACGGGGGCAACAGCAACAAAUACAGCACCUUCUCAGGGUUCAUCCUCUACGCCGACUGA